AACUAAGUUUCCUAAAUGGAUAUAUAUAAAAAAAAAAAUCUGGAUUAGGAUCUUGAUGGGAUUUGCUGUAUUAAUGGGUCGGAAGGAUGACUGCUGUCUGCCCCCCUGAUAGCAGCCCAGAAGAGCCUCCAGCCGGGGCUGCUGCAGCAGGGAACACCAGGAGCUCCACUUCUGGGGAAUCUCCUGGAGGCUCAGCUGGAGUUGCUUGUGUCCAGAGGUUUAACCGCUGGAGCCACCAGGACAGCUCAGAUAUCAACACUGACGACGAGGGAGCUUCCAUCCGCCGCCUCACACCGCUGGAGAGGCUGAACCUGGAUAUGUGUCAGGAUGAACGGGUAGUCCGCGAGUUAACAGUGGGCAGGAGAAUCGGCUUCUACAAAAUCCGAGGAGAACUUGGCUGUGGAAAUUUCUCCCAUGUGAAGUUAGGAAUUCACGCCCUCACCAAAGACAAAGUAGCCAUAAAAAUCCUAGACAAGACCAAGCUGGAUCAGAAGACCCAGAGACUGCUGUCCAGAGAGAUCUCUAGUAUGGAGAAGCUCCACCAUCCCAAUAUCAUCCGCCUCUAUGAGGUGGUGGAGACGUUGUCGCGGUUACACCUGGUGAUGGAGUAUGCUGGGGGAGGAGAGCUCUACACCAAGAUCACCACAGAGGGGAAACUGUCUGACAGCGACAGCAAGGUCGUCUUCUCUCAGAUCGUCUCUGCUGUUAAGCACAUGCACGAAAAUGACAUCAUCCACCGUGACCUGAAAGCGGAAAAUGUCUUCUGUACCAACUCCACGUGUGUCAAGGUGGGAGACUUUGGCUUUAGCACACUGAGCCGUCGUGAUGAGACUCUCAACACAUUCUGUGGAUCUCCACCUUACGCAGCACCUGAGCUCUUUCGGGAUGAGCAUUACAUUGGCAUCUUUGUUGACAUCUGGGCGCUGGGGGUGAUGCUGUUCUUUAUGGUUACGGGUUCCAUGCCAUUCAGAGCAGACACUGUGGCCAAACUGAAAAGAUGCAUCCUGGAGGGGGCCUACAUUUUGCCAUCGUGGGUGCCAGAGUCUUGCCAGAGGCUGAUCAAGGGAAUCCUACAGCCGCUACCAUCUGACCGCUGUAGUGUGGAACAGAUGAUGAGUUGUGCAUGGUUGCUACCUGUGGACUUCCCACAGGCUAUGGAACCUUUUAAACUAGACCCAACCUACUUAGCAGUGACUGAUCCAUCUGAGCUGGAGGAGGAUGAGAUGGCGGUAAAAGUAUCACUGCAGGCACUAGGAAUUACAUCAGAACACAUCCUUAACAACCAAGGAAAAGACUGCCGAAGCUCCAUCACAGGGGUUUAUCGGAUCCUACUGCACCGAGCUCAAAAGAGACGCGCCACAGAGAGCAUGGCUGCAGUCACAUGUGUAGUAGGGACAAGUGGAAGAAAUAAAAAGGAACGCCUAAAAGUGUACCGUAGUUUACGGCACACAUCCAAACUCUGUGUGAUUCUGUGACAUGCUUGGUUCCUCUCUGGAAAUAGACACGAUAAUCUGGGUUGGCAUUGCAUGGAUUUAAAAGGAGGGGAACAAUGCAUUUGAGUCCAACAGUAUAAUGGAAA